AUGGCUGAGGAGGUGAUGCCUGCUGAUGACCUUGUCUUUCCUAGACUGGAUGGUGGGUAUGGUGCUGCUGACAAUGAGGUUGCUGGGAGUGAACCAUCCGGUUUCAUUCCAGCUUCACAGGUCCUGGCUCAGCAGAGGAGUACUCUGAGGUGGACUGAACCCAUGUCUGCAUUUGUACUGCGCCAGAUGUGUCAACUCAUUACCACUGGUGUGAGGACUGACAAGGGCUUCAAAGAAGUGCACCUUAACAAGGUUGCCAAGGCCCUGCAAGAGUUUUGUGGCAAUGAGGUUAGCGGUACUCAGGUGUACAAUCACUUGAGAAAGUGGAGACAGAGGUGGGUUAAACUGUCCAAGCUGAGGGACCUUAGUGGUGCUCAAUGGGAUGAUGACAACUGCAUGAUUGUUCUUGAGGAAGAGCACUACAAUGGCCAUACCAAGGACCACCCCAAGGAUGCUGAAUUUCUCAACAAGCCCAUACAACACUACAAGGAGAUGGUGAUCAUUUUUGGCAAUGGUCAAGCAACAGGCAAGUUUGCUAUGGGCUCUAAUGAGCCACUUGGCACACCAUCAGAUUGUGCUGAGAGCUCACUGAAGACUGAGGCAACUGAGAUCCUCAAUAGUGGAAAGACAGACACAGUUGAUGCAACCAAGACUGAGGGUGUAGUUGGCAAUAAGAGGAAGAGAUCACUGCUGGCAGAAGAAGAUGUGGUCUUGUUCAGUGGCAUGUCAGAGGCAGUCAAGGACGUUACAAGUGCUAUUAGGUCCACCAAGGUUGAGGAUUGCCACACUGACCUGUAUGGAGCUAUCAUGUUUAUUCCAGGCUUCACUGAAGAAGCACUCAUGCAUGCUUAUGGCCACCUCCUAGACAACAAGGCAUUGGGCACUUCAUUUGUGCAGUGGUCUGACUCUCACCGUGUGCUGUGGCUUAGGACCCACUUGGCCAAGCACUACUACAUAUGA